UCACAAGAUUGGGCGAAUUCUCAUCUCUGUUGUAACUUGUAACUUCCCUUCCAGCUUCGAGCCAGUUCUGUCUGCAAACUGAAAAGAAAUCAAGCCUCGAGAAAGAAAAACGCAGAAAAUGGUGAAGCAGAAGAAUAAAACGGCAUCGUUUUCAUUUUGGAAUUGGGUGAUAGCAUCUAUCAUCUUCAGACUGAUUCUAAUUUACUUCCCCAAAAACCUGAACCUAGCUUCUCGCCCCGAAGUCUCCACUCCUCUAACCAGCUUCCGUCGCCUGGCUGAAGGUUACUGGCUAAAGCAGUUAUCCAUGUCUCCUUACGCAGGAUCUAUGUACCACGGUUCCCCUUUGUUAUUGUCACUUCUCGGACCGCUUACCGUUCAGAGAAUUGAAGGACAGCCUAAUCAUCUUUUGUACAGUUUGGUUUCUGUGAUUGCAGAUGUUGUUAGUGCAAUUCUUAUUCGUGCUACUGGAAAGAAUCUUCGGCUUGUUUAUCUUCGUAGUUUGGAAUCAUUAGACAUUGUUAAACAAACCAAAGCUUCAGAGAUCCUCUCUCCCGGAGAUGCUGCUGCUCUUAUCUACUUAUGGAAUCCUUUCACGAUAGUUGCAUGUGUGGGCUUGUCAACAUCGCCAAUUGAAAAUAUGGCUGUCAUAUUGUGCCUUUAUGGAGCAUGUUCACGACUAGUUCCCUUGGCUGCUUUUGGAUGGGUCAUCGCAACUCAUUUGUCUCUUUACCCUGCUAUUCUGAUUAUUCCGGUGAUCUUUUUAUUAGGAUGCGGUCCAGAUGCCCCUCCUAGGAAAUUGUUUUUGCAAAAGAACCAUAAAGAGGAAGUAUUGAACAAGUCAAAGCUCCCUCUUGGCUUCUCAUGGAGGCCAAUCACUCAUUUUGCAUUUUGGGCUCUUCUGUGGUCAGCCUAUGUGUUGGCUCUGUGUGGCAUUUCUUUGCAACAGUUUGGUGGUCUAUGGGAAAUGUUUAAAAGUACAUAUGGGUUCAUCCUCACUGUGGAAGAUUUGUCUCCAAAUAUAGGCGUUUUAUGGUACUUCUUUGCUGAAGUUUUUGACUUCUUCAGGAACUUCUUUUUAAUAGUUUUCCAUGUGAAUAUUCUAUUUAUGAUAAUUCCAUUAGCCAUACGGCUUCACCACCGGCCCUGCUUCCUGGCUUUUAUAUACAUUGCCAUAUUUUCCAUGCUGAAGUCUUACCCAUCAGUUGGAGAUUCAGCACUGUACUUGGGUUUGUUGGGUUGGUUUGUUAACGAAUUAGCAGAUAUACAAUUCUCUUUCUUCCUCUUCUGUGGAUAUGUUGGAGUUUCUCUUCUUAGCCCUGUCAUGCACACCCUAUGGAUAUGGAGGGGCACCGGCAAUGCAAACUUCUACUUUGCAACUGCUAUGGUUUAUGCUUGCUUGCAGAUUAUCUUGGUUGUUGAGGGUGUAAGUGCCAUGCUAAACCAUGACAGAAAGUUGAGAAACCUAACCACUGGCAAGCCCCAAGAUGCCAAAUCUUAGAGUUGUUUUAACCAUGCCACACAUAUUUCUGGUUCUUUAGCUCUUCUUGACAUUAUGGAGAUCCUCAGCCGCAGACUCAUGCCAUAUCUUUGCCUGUCAGCAUUGUUGUAUCAAAAUCAUGCUUACCUCCAGUUGCAAUGCCUUUUUUCCCAGCAAUUGAGAGGUUACCACAUGCAUUGAGCCACAUGAUCUGUUGUUCCGAACUGCUUUCAAUGCAACACCGAGGAGAAUUGCUGCGAUCACUUCACAGUUUAUCAGGCUGUAUACGAAAUUGAAAUUUGUUAUAUAUAUAUUUUUAAUUUUAACAUAGAACCGUGUUCAUCUUAUCUUUUUAUUCUUUAUUAAAGUUUUUGUAGCUGCAUUUUGGUUUCCGAUUUUGAAGAACCCAAAACUUUUAUGAUAGUCAUCAUAAAUUUGUUAUAAAUGCAUGUUUGUUUGGUUGCAUC